GUUUCAGAAAAAAAAGUAAGCAGUCAGCAUUUGAGAAGGAUUCAGAAUUGAAAUCUAUCGACAUCAUGAUGGAUAAAUAUAAAUUGAUAACAGUCCUUAUCUUUAUGUUAGCUUUUGUAUUAGCGAUAGCUAGGAGAUGUGAUAAGGAUGAAGAUUGUUUCAAGAGGAAGUUUUGUAACUCAUAUCGCAAGUGUGUUCCGAGAGGAGAAUGCCGCUUUCCUGACUGUGCCCUGGGAUGCCUAAAGGACAUUGAAUGUGGAGUCAAUACCUACUGCCAUUCUAAUGUGUCGAUUGGGGUUAUAAGAAAUAACAUUACGUAUGGCGCUUGUCUAACUGUAAAAAAUACCGGAGACGCCUGUGUUAGCCAACGAGAAUGUAUUUACAAUAAUGAAUGUUACUUCAAUAAAUGUGCUAAUAUUACGAGGAAAUUAAAACCCAUCGAUAAACAAGUCAAACUUGUAGCAUGUGCAAAAGACAGUGACUGUAACAAUAGUGGAUUAUACUGCCCUAUUGGACAAGCUGAGACACGUUUGAAGGGGAAAGAUCUUGGCAAAUGUCGAGAACGCCUCAUUCAUGGAUUGGCUUGCACAAGAGAUGGUGAAUGUCUAAUAAAUAACAUGUGUCAUAGAAACCAAUGUUACAAGAACACGACACAAUACAUGCGUGGUAAGCCAUGUGCCAGCACCAAAGACUGCUUUUUUGAAGAUUUAAUGUACUGCGCCCAUAGUACUUUGUGGACAUGUGCGAACAGAGUCGAAGAUUACAAACAAUGUUAUUACGAUUUUGAAUGUCUGAAAGGCCGAAAAUGUGUACAGUGGCGACAAAACCGCGAGCAUUGUAUACCUCCCCCUUUCAUCUGGUCCAAACCCAGAAAGACGUGUACACACGAUAGUCAAUGCCUGUAUGCGCAAAAAUGUCACCACAAUGAGUGUAUGAAGGCAACGUAUACAGUUUUAUAUGACAAAACUUGCGAUCUGAAAUGCAAUGUUCCUAACACAACAGUUGACUACAUAAGAAUGGUACAAGGUAGAUCGGCAAUACACGUUUUCUACGAAUGUUGUACAGAAAUUGAAAUACGAGACGAAGACCGGAAAUACCUUAGUGAUACCAUUAAGAACAUUGUUACUAGAAUCAAGGAGGUUGGUAUUCGUAGAGACCCACAAAGUGCAUAUGGAAAUUUGGCGUAUACACUUGGCGGAAGGAACAUUAUUGUUGGUUUUGAUGCAUUUACAAAAGAACACAAGGGUCCAAGAAAAUGGUUAGAUUGUGAAAGACUUCCCAGCAGUUGUUAAGAAGUGCACGGACCUGGAGACAAUUCGAGAAAUAUAGGCUAAUGCCACCUUUAACCCUUUGUUCCCGCCUUAUUAUAAAGACGAUCGCGCGACGUGUUUUUAAAGUAUUUUCAUGCGCUUUUCAGUAAUAUAAUUUUUCAUAGAAAAGUUUGAUGAUGCGAUAUACUACUUUUUAGGCUAAAUAUAUCCAGACAUCUUCAUAUGCGACAAUGGCUAUUCAUGACGUCAUAAGUGCUUUUUCGGACACAAUAAGAAUUUCCUUAUAUCUUGGAA